UGGCCAUUCAGAAUUGAGUGUUCACCGAUGCACAUUUCGAAAAUCUACAGGAAAUAGUAGACCAUCCGUGCAACUUUGUAACACUUAUUUUUCCACAUACUAUGAUUUGGGACACUAAUUCUACUCUCAGAUACUGUUUAGGGCGGAUAGGAUCAGGAUUUGGAUGCAGAGACCAGACUAAGUGGGAAAGCAACGAACUCAGCUAUGUUCAUUUCUCCCACACGUCAGUCUUCAGUUUACAGAUUUGAACAUCGUCACAUAUGUCUAGUGCUGCUAUGUCUUUGGACGUCAUUAUUUGUGGUUAUAUUGAGAUUGCUGAAUGGUGGGAGUCAAAUGCAAAGAUUCACGCCCCCCCCUCCUGAACCUAUAAGACGCAUACAAACAAAUUCCUCACCCACAAUUUCCAUGUUUGACAUGGGAAUUAGUCAUAAAGACAUGGGAAUUAGUCUUGAUGAGUGGGAAAGUCUACAGAAGGCUCUGGACUGGCCUAGUCCAGAUCAAGAAAUCACUCAGCUGGAUCUGAGCACAAGUCCAGUUCACUCAACAUUCUCUGUUGUGGGACUCAAUGAGAGUUACAAAGUGGGAGAAAAGAUUCAUGUUACUAUCACAGCCAGAGACCACAACAACAACCUGAAAGCUUAUGGAGGAGACUUUUUCCAAGCAAAGCUUUUCAAUUCAAAGUUAAAGGCGAGUGUGUUUGGAGAGGUUGUUGAUCACCGCAAUGGGACUUACUCUGUUGAUCUUCUUCUGCCAUGGGAAGGCCAGGCACAAGUGUCUGUGCGUUUAGUCCAUUCCAGUGAGGUUGUGUAUCUUUUUAAAAAGUACAGGGAGUCGUCAUUUCCACGCAGCCACUACAAAGGCUACUUUGAAGGGCCAGGACCUAAAGGAGUCAGAAUCAGUGAAAUAGUAGAAUGUAAUCUUAAAUGGGGCCCAAACGGAAGCUGGAUUAAAGGCAACUGCUGCUGUGAGUAUAAGGAUCUAAAAACAGGGACGGUGUGGCAGUGUGAGAGACCAAAGACACUGUCCUGUGACAACUGGGUGUAUCACUCAAGUGGACCUAUGGAAAACCCAUUAAAUCCCUUUGAGAACAACCUUUUUGCAAAGAAAUUAACAAAUAUUGCUCUUGCUGGAGACACAAAAAUCAUAAAUGUCCAUCCCAACACCACAGACAUUGGCUCAAAGGAGAGAUGUAGAUCUGGCCUCACAACGCCAGUUCCUGCAGGAUUCUAUUUGCAUGACGUCUGGAAGUCUUUUGUGUGUAACACUAAAUCCUUCAGCCCUCCAGAAAUGGGAAACUGUCUUAAAAGCAAGAUUGUUUAUUUAAUGGGAGACUCCACGGAAAGGCAGUGGUUUGAGCAUUUGGAACAAAAAUUGCCAGGUUUAAAGAGACUGGACCUCCACACUUCUCGUAUAGGUGGACCCCUGAUGGCUGUGGAGUCUAAGAAUAAUAUCAUUGUUUACUGGCGGUUCCAUGGUGUUCCUUUGAAAUUUUCUAAAUUGCCAAUUACUGAUCUGCAUUAUAUCAGCAAUGAUAUUGAUGAAAUAGCUGGUGGUCGUCAUGCAGUCGUUGUCUUCACAAUUUUUGCCCACCGGGUUUUGCACCCACUAACGUUUUAUGUCCAUGAAGUGGCCAAAAUUCGUCAGGCUGUUGUUGCACUACUGAGCCGUGCACCAGAUACUACUGUCAUCAUCAAGUCUGGAAACACUGCAGGACUAAAGGUACAAUUCCCUGCAGGUGAAAUGAACACAAGUGAAGCUACAACAACUGUGUGUUUUAUUCACUUUCACUCAAAUCAUGACUUAAAUGGCUGAUUUUGACUUUAUAAAUUCUUAUUUUCUCUCUAUUACUCAGACCCUGCUAUUUUAUGAUAUCGACACACUUUAACGCGUCUUUUGAAAAACAACACAUUUUAAUGCUUUUAUUAUAGAAUCACCUACAUGUAUACAAUACACCUAUUUCAACAUGUUUAGCUUGUGCAGUAGCUCACCUGAUAGGGCACUGGACUUAGAGCUGGAGGACUGUGGUUAAAGUAUGGGCAUGAUUUCAAGCUGUUAUGUGACAUUACAGAGUUAUAGAAGUGGCACGAAAUGAUGUGGUUGCUUCAGAAAUUUUUUUUCAUUUUGCUUCUGCAUUUUAAAACACUAAUGGGUAGGCUUAGGCAUUGAUAAGGUAAGGAUGUAUUUUUUUAAUGUCUCAUUUAUAUUUUAAAACACCAAUAGUUAGAUUUAGGCAAAUGUUUGAGGUUAGGGAGGUAUGUUUUAAAAACAUCCAUCUAAAAUUCAUCUUAAAACCUCAUCUGAAUAUGACGCCAUUUUACUCGCUUUUGGAGCCCCAGAUGGACAUUUAACUGGAAACCUGCAGCCAAACGUGUUAUACAGCACGUAAAUUUUGAAUUGCAAAAAUGUUAUUGAUGCUCAUUCAUGCUCAGACUAAAGUUUUUAUUAUUAAUCUGUGUUGUUAUAGAACAUUUUUCAAAGUGAUUGGUAUGCGCUGCAGUUGAACACAGUGAUGAGGGAGAUGUUCAGAGAUAUUAAUGGUGUGGUCUACUUGGAUGUCUGGCAGAUGACUUCUUGUCACUAUCUACCUGAAAACAUUCACCC